UUAUCACACAUCAGAAGUUAUGGCAGGAAAGAUCCAGCAGCUCAGUGAGUCUGUAGUGAUCCGCAGCCUCAGGCGCUUCAGAGACAGAUAUUUCCCACACAGCAGUAAAGUUGCCAAAGAUGACAUGACGUGUGUUGCAGAGACGGGAAAAGAAGAGCCACCGCCGCGAUUUUUGGACAUCUUACCGGUGGACCUACAGUUCCUGAUCAUGACCUUUCUGUCUCCUGCGGAUAUCUGCCGCCUGGGAGCCACCAGUCGGUUCUGGAGGGCAAUGGUCAGAGAUCCCUUACUGUGGAGAUACUUCUUGCUCAGGGACAUGCCUCACUGGCCCUCUAUUGAUCACGUGACCAUGCCCCAACUGGAGUCUUUGGAAGUACCACUAAUCAAUGAAGAUGAGAGUCUGGAUGAUAGAAAAGAGGGGGAAGACAAAGGGUUGGAAUCGAAAUGUGACUACAUGUCAGAAUACCUGAAAGGCUGCCCAUCCUGCAGACAACGGUGGCUCCCUACACGGCCGCCGUACGAGGUUGUGACCUCAUUUCUUCAGUCGCUGGUGCCCUCGUCCGAACCUCGUUAUGCCAUGUUUGGCCCUGGCAUGGAGUACCUGGAUGUCUCUUUAGUCACACGUCUCAUGCAUGCCCCCGAUGUGCUUCCUGUGUCUGGCACUCCACACAGGCAGAUCAAUGGUGUCGGCUCUGGGAUCAGUUACAUGUUCAACAACCAACACAAAUUUAAUAUCCUUACUCUGUACUCAACCAAUAGGGCAGAGAGGGAAAGAGCCAGAGUGGAGCAGCAGAGCAUCAGCAAUAAACUUUUUACCUUUGAAGGACCAGAUGAAUCAGGCUGCCCAGUCUACAGCCCCGCCCCUCAGGUCCAGCAAGUGUGCCAGGUGGUGGAUGGUUUCAUCUACGUAGCCAAUGCAGAGCCUGGGAGAGGUGGGGGGAGGUCCGAGAUGGCUCAGAUUCGAGCUGUGCUGAGCUUUGCCGGGGGUUCCACAUCCAGGCCUCUGCUGGUGCUCUCCUGUGUCUCCAGAGAAGAACCGGAAACAAUCAGGACCGCCGGCCAGCAAAAUAUGACAUACGGAAACAGGGCCAGGCGUCGAACUCCCUGUGUUGACAUGGCAAAGAGACUUGGCCUACCGCAACUGGCUCACCCUUGGAUGGUGCAGGAUACAGUGGCAGAAUCCCUGUCAGGUCUUCUGGAUGGCAUUUCCUGGUUGCUGAGAUGUACUGGAGUCAAAAUUCUAUGGUAGCUAGCUCCUUUACUCCUGCUGCUGCUGGAUGAAUUAAAACAACAGACCUCAUUGCUGCAUCACCCCGACACCAAGACACACUACGGCAUUUCCUGAGUAAUGUGAACCACAUGUGCACUGAAUGUCUCAGGACUGGAGCACUGCCCAUGAAAUUUAAUGAAUUGGGAGAGCAGCAGAAGAGAUGGGUUGCCAACUGUUAUUCGUCUGGGAGACGUGACAGAGACCCUGUUCCUGUUUACAGAAAGAGCCAUAUGAAUAUGAAUUACAGCAGGAUAGAAAGUUAUACAAACAUCUGGGAGGUUCACAGUAUCCCCACAAACUGGUUUUGUGGGACACUAAGCUCUACGAAUAAAUACCUUGCUCGAAGUUACAGUAACAUUAAUUGUUGUUGAUCUAAGAGCGCUGCUCACUGCAGACAAGCAGGACCACACAGAUAAACAGCUCGAGUACAGAACUAGAAAAUCAAAAUGAAAAAAGCAAUAAAAUCCACACAUUUAAAAACUCAAUUUUACAAUUAUUGGUGAGCCGCUAAUAUAUUAAGUGGCCAACUCUUUGGUUGAAUGUGGGAUAGAGAUUGUACAAAUUUUUGAAAUGACAUUUUUCAAUUUUUUAUUAGAGGUUCAUAAUGUACUGUAAUGUUCAUAAUUUACUCCUGACUUGAUUUGUUUAUAGUUAGGACUGUGUGCAAACAACCUCUCUGCAAAACCCACAGCAAUCUGAUCAAUGACUUGCACUCACAUACUGCAAAGAUGUGAUUUUUGGAGCUAAACUAUAACGCAAGCAAUGAAAUUUAUUUACUUUAUUUUAAAUACUUUGUGGUUAUGCAAUUAAGAAAUGUUGCGUUUUGAUAAAUGGUGGAUAUUUUUCUUAUUUUAAAUGUUUACUUGCUGAAAUGUUUACUUUUUCGUUGCACAGUUACUUUGUUGUUCAAUAUUUUCAGAAUUACCGAUUUUUCUAAUGGUGUCUGAUGGCAGGUCGCUCUUUUAGCCUCCAACAACUCUGACAACUUACUAUUUCAUUUCUGUUAAAUAAACAGUAAA